UUCCGAACGCAAUCCAAAAUCCAAUAUGGUUGUUCGAGUCGGCGAUUCGAAGUUUAUCCAACAUCGAAAUGGAUGCACAAACUGUCAAUACCCGAAGAAAAAUCUUGAAUCAAGUGGUUUGCAGCAUCUUAGUGGAAUGUAGCUAUGACACGUGUGAUAAACAAGCACUGGAAACACUCACCGAAAUGUUGCAAUCAUUUAUUGUGGAAACUGGAGCAUCAGCAAGAAAUUAUUGUGAACUUUCCGGGAGAACAGAGCCUCUCAUAGCAGAUGUAAUAUUGGCAUUAAUCAAUAUGGGCAUGAAAAUAGAUAACAUAGAAACUUAUGCAAGAAGACAAAACAGAACGGUUUUACCAGCUCUUCAACAACAGACACAAUCAAAACAAUUGAAUAUCUUGCAAGCUGGUGUUAAGCAAGGUCAUCCACCGCAUAUACCAAAUUAUUUGCCACCUUUUCCCGAUCCACAUGCAUAUAUCAGAACUCCGACACAUAAACAACCAGUAACAGAAUAUGAAGCAAUAAGAGAAAAGGUGGCAACACAAAAACGGGAUAUUGAAAGAGCUUUAACAAGGUUCAUUGCUAAAACUGGAGAAACGCAUAGUUUAUUUCUCACAGAGGAUAACAGCAUGUUUCCCUUAAUAUCUUGUAAACCGCAAUUCCCGAGUUAUAUCUCUGCUCUUUUACCUCAAGAUCAAAUAUUUGAGCCAGAUUCAGAUUUUCAAUUUGAAUCAAAUCCAGUGAAAAAGAAAAAAGAGCAAGAAGGCAAAGAGCAAGAGGAAGGUAAUCAAACGCAAAACGAAAAUAUAGAACAAAAUGGCGAAACUGCCACCCAACAAGACGUUAUAGACAAUCCAUAUCUAAGACCAGGAAAGAUGCCUAAAAAUAAAAUUCCAGGCACAACAAUACCCGGACAACAAUCUGCCAAAAGAGAAGGGGUCGAAUCUUAGUAUUGUAAUUAGUGUAUAGUUUAAUAUGUAUAAUAAUAUAAUAUAUAUGUAAAUUUUUUAUAUUUAAUGUUACAUAAAACGUGAAAUAAAAAGUAAGAAUACAAAUUA